UACCUUGCAGUACCAUCUCAUUGACUGUUGACAGAUAGGCUAGCUAUGGGCUUCGCUCCUGUCUGGUUUUGACCUGUUUUGUUUGCAACAGGGCAGGUAUAGUAGAAAUGGUCCGUGUGCUCACACAGCACCCCUCAGCUGUGUGUGUGGGGACGACACGACACAGCGCUCACCAUCCAUACCUCAGAGUGCAUGGAGGAAGUAAUAAUAUCCUCUGAUGCUAGCUAUUGGUAGCUGCUUUAUUGGGAUUUUCCUGCAGAGCCCGCUGUCAAAGAGGCAGACCAGUAUAGCAAAUUUCAUAGAUGUGUCAUGCAUGACUUCGAGGACCGCUUUGGGGACACUUUCGGAAGACCUUCGGAGGAUUGAGGAGGCGACCGACAGACCAAUCAGUGAUAACUGACUUUGCAUCCUCUUCUCGAAGUUGUGCGAGACAUGGCCAGUCCACAUCACAAUGAUCUGUCGUUUGCAUGGGAGAAGUAUAUGGACUGUCGACUACAAGGAGCAGAUCUACAGGUCAGCCUCCAGUGCCUUGAGAACUUCCUCUGCCUCUUCCACUGUGUGCGUAAAGUCCACCACCAUGUUACCCAGGACCUGCUGACCUUCUGCUCAGACAUGAGUGGCGCCAGCAACACGCUGGCCCGGGAGUUCCUGACAGAUGUGCACCAGCUGUGCAGCGCCGUGGCCCAGAGGGCGGAGUCCCGCGAGGAAGACGAGGAGGAGAGUCACAUGGUGGCGCUGGGGGAGUACCUGGUCAGGGGGCGGGGCUUCCUGCUCCUCAGCACGCUGGACUCCAUCAUUGACCAGGAGCUGACUUGUCGGGAGGAGCUCCUCACUCUGCUGCUCUCGCUGCUACCCCUGGUGUGGAAGAUCCCCGUGCAGGAGGACAAAGCCCCAGAUUUCAUCCUGCCGUCCCUGCUGGAGGUGUUCCUCAGCCGGGAGUCGAGGUCGCCCCCUCUCCGAGCCGGACAGAAGGCCCGCCCCGAUGCCCAGAGCAGCGGCAGGCGCUCGCACACGGGCAGCGCGUCGUGGAAGUCGCGGCGGUCCCGCCGCAUCGCCCAGAGGUACUCGGUGAAGGAGGCGCGCCAGUCCCAGCUCUCCACGUCCGAUUCGGACGCCAACGCCGACACCAAGGCGCCGGGGCCGGGCCAGGGCGGGACAAGGGGCAGGCGGACGCACGGCUCUGCCCAGCGCACGUCCACUCACCACUCCCAAGCCCCUCCCAUCCCUGUGUCCGUCGCCACGACUACAGAGACCAUGACCGCAUCGUACCCCCACCCCUGGGGCCCGGGCUCCCAGUCCCUGGACGCCGAGAUCCUGACCGACCCGGCCGCCAUGUCGAUAUUCAACCGCAUGGAGAACUCGCCCUUUGACCUCUGUCACGUGCUGCUCUCCCUGCUGGAGAAGGUGUGCAAGUUCGACAUGAGCAUCAACCACAACCCCGGCCUGGCGGUCAGCGUGGUGCCCACGCUGACAGAGUUCCUGACAGAGUUUGGGGACUGUUGUGGCCCCGGGGGUGGAGGGGGUGGAGGUGGAGGAGGUGGAGGAGGAGGAGCGGGGCCAGAGGAGCUGGCUGGGGGCUGGACGGAGGAGCCCGUCGCCCUGGUCCAGAGGAUGCUCCUACGCACCGUCCUGCACCUGAUGUCGGUGGACGUGGGUCAGAGCGAGGCCCUGCCCGACAGCCUGAGGCGCAGCCUGACCGACCUGCUGCGGGCCACCCUCAAGAUCCGCAGCUGCCUGGACCGCCAGGCGGACCCCUUCGCCCCCCGACCCAAGAAGACCCUGCAGGAGGUCCAAGACGACUUCUCCUUCUCCCGCUACCGCCACCGGGCGCUGCUGCUGCCGGAGCUGCUGGAGGGCGUGCUGCAGGUGUUGCUGGGCUGCCUGCAGGCGUCCGCCUCCAACCCCUUCUUCUUCAGCCAGGCCCUGGAGCUCAUCCACGAGUUCAUCCAGCACCGCGGCCUGGAGCUGUUCGAGGUCACCGUGCUGCGGCUGGAGGGGCUGGCGCGCGCCCGGGACUCGGAGGUGGGCGGCGAGGCCGCCGAGAGGGUGCGGGGCCUCGUCGGCGGCGUCCUGAAGAUCAUCAGCGCCGUGAAGAAGGCCAAGUCGGAGCAGCUCCACCAGUCGGUGUGCGCGCGGCGCCGCCACCGCCGCUGCGAGUACUCCCACUUCCUGCACCACCACCGGGACCUCUCGGGCCUGCCGGUGUCGGCCUUCAAGCAGGCCGCCCGGCGCAACCCCUUCGAGGAGGAGGAGGACGGCUGCAGGGAGGGGCCGGAGGGCGCGGCGGUGCGCUACCCCGAGCGCUGCUGCUGCCUCGCCGCCUGCGCCCACCAGUGCCUGCGCCUCCUGCAGCGGCUGUCCCCCAACGGGCCCGCCGUGCUGCAGCUCCUCGCCGGGGUGCAGGCCGUGGGGAUCUGCUGCUGCAUGGACCCCCGCUCGGUCGUCGGGCCCCUGCUGCACGCCUUCCAGGCGCCGGGGCUGCGCACCUACCAGUCCCACGUGCUCAACGUCCUGGGCCGGCUGAUCCUGGACCAGCUGGGCGGCGGGCAGCCCUCGGAGAAGGCCAAGCUGGCCUCCUGCAACGUCUGCACCCUGGACAGCAGCCAGCUGCCCGGCCUGGAGGAGACGCUGCAGCAGGGCGAGCCCUUUGCCGCCUCCCUCGGCCCGGGCCACCGCUCGCAGGGCAUCCUGCCCAGCGGCGGGGACGCCGAGGACAUGCUGUGGAAGUGGGGCGCCCUGGAGGCCUACCAGGCGCUGGUGUUCGGCGAGGACCGGCUGCUGAGCCAGCAGAUCGCGGGCCACGUGUGCCAGCUCACGCUGCGGGGCAACGCGGUGGUGCAGUGGCAGCUGUACACGCACAUCUUCAACCCCGUGAUGCAGCGGGGGGUGGAGCUGGUGCACCACGCCCAGCAGCUGGGCGUGUCCGCCGUGUGCGCUCAGAUGUGCAGCUACCACUCCCAGUGCCUGCCCGUGGAGGUGCUGCUCGUCUACCUGCAGACGCUGCCGGCGCUGCUCAAAUCAAGGGUGAUCCGGGACCUCUUCAUCAGCUGCAACGGCCUCAGCCAGAUCACAGAGCUCAUCCUCCUGGACCAGACACGCUCCUGGGCGCUGAAGGUGUUCGAGACGCUGAUCCUGGGGGCCGGGGGCCAGCCCGCCGACGGGGCGCUGCAGGAGCUGGAGAGCGAUGCCGGCGCCCAGGAGAGGGACUCAGUCCUGGGCCCCGCGGAGGACCCGGGCUCCCAGGGCGGGGGCACCGGCGAGGGCCCCCAGAGCCUCAGCAAGUUCUACGAGGGCCUGAAGGAGGCGUGCCCCCGGCGGCGGAACCGCGGGGGCGGGGGACCCGGGCCCGGGCGCGGACGGGCGGAGACCCACCUCAACACCAUCAACCUGUUCCUGUGCGUGGCGUUCCUCUGCGUCAGCAAGGAGGCGGACUCGGACCGCGACUCGGCCAACGACUCGGAGGACACGUCGGGCUACGACAGCACGGCCAGCGAGCCGCUGGGGGGCCGGCUGCCCUGCCUGUCCCCCGACAGCGUGGCCCUGCCCUCCAAGGAGCAGGUGCGGCAGGCGGCCGACGUGUGGUCGGUGUGCCGCUGGAUCUACCUGGCCAGCCCCGCCUUCCAGCGGCAGUUCUUCCGGCUGGGGGGCCUGGAGGUGUGCUCCCGCCUCAUGGCCCUGGUCAUCCAGAAGCUCACCUGCAAGAGCAAGGACGGCCGGGGCAAGAAGAAGAGGGGGGCGCUGUCGGUGACGGGCCCCGCCGCCGCCGCCCCGCCGGACCCAGAGGAGACGACGGCGGCUCCGGACGGGACCAGGGACCCGGCCAGGCAGCUGGAGGAGGAGUGGCCCCUACAGAGCAUCCGUCUGCUGGAGGCCCUGCUGGCCAUCUGUCUGCACAGCUCCAGCCCGGCGCUGCAGAGGACGGAGCCCGAGAUGUCCUUCCAGCUCCAGUCGGUGGAAGAGACGCUGUGCGAGGUGAGGGACCAGCUCUCGCGCUCCGGCGUGGUGAACUCCGACCUGGCCGUGCCCCUGUUCGACUCCCUGCUGCGGGUGGCGCUGGCCCGGGUGUCCUCCUGCCCCGACGGCCCCGAGGAGAAACCAGACAGGAAGCUGCAGGUGCCGGUGGAGAGUGUGGCCCCAGCGGGGGACCUGUGUGAGGAGGUAGAGGAGGCGCAGGGCUGCCACGGCGGCAAGGCGGCGGGGGAGGAAGAGGAGGGCUACGACGCCGACAGCGAGAGUAACCCUGACGACAUGGCCAAACAGGAAGAAGGAGCAGAGGCGGAGUCGGCGGCGGUGCGCGAGGGGGCUCUCCGCGGGCUGGCGGAGGCCCCGGGGCCCGGGCUGGGCCGGGGCGCGCUGCUGUUCCCUGAGAUCUGCAGCAUGGAGCUGCAGCUGCUGGCGGCGGGGGCCCCAGACCUGGAGGUCCUGGGACACGUGUUCCACAGCCUGCUGGACACCGUGCACGCCAACCGCCACAACGCCACGCUGCUCUACGACCAGAAGGGAGUCAAGACCAUUCUGACUGGCUUCCACAAGGUCCUCACCCAAACGGAUCCCUCCUACAAAGAUUGCCAGGUUGUGCUGGUGGAGCUGUUGGUUGCCAUGGUGAGCCAGCGCAUUACAGCCGACGAGCUGGCCCUGCUCAUACGCCUCUUCCUGGAGAAGACCGCUCCCAUUGACAUCUUACUGAAGGGAAUCCUGCAGAUCGUGGAGGCCAACAUGGACCUGGAGCCCCUUCACUUCCUCUCCUUCCCCAUCGUCCUGGGGGCCCCCACCACCGCGGGGGCCUCCCCGGGCCCCCGGCAGAACGGCAGCGCCGGCGGGGGGGGGGGCAAGGGCGUGGGGCUGCUCUGGAAGGGCAAGCUGUCUCCCCGCAGAGACGGCGACGCCGAGCCCAGGACCGGCCACGUGCGCUCCUCCCCCUGGCACGCCGCCCCCCUCCACCUGCCCCUGGUGGGGCAGAACUGCUGGCCCCACAUGGCCAGUGGCUUCAGCGCCUCCAUGUGGCUCAGGCUGACGGAGGCGGAGGCGGAGGAGAAGGGCAAAGCUGAGGCGGGGAAGGCCCCGGCGCCCGAGGCCCACCGCGGCAGCUCUCCGGCGGGCCAGAGAGCGCUGGACGAGGGCCUGGUCCACGUUCUGUCCAUGGGCUCCAAGGCCCUGAUGCUUCAGGUGUGGGCGGACUUCUGCACGGGGUCGCUGACGUUCAGGAUCUGCAUCGACCCCAACGACGAGAUCAAGGCCGGGCUGUUGGCCCAGGCGGAGUCGGGGCCGGGCCUGUUGGUCCCGGGCCGCUGGCAGCACCUGGGUCUGACGUACAGCCAGCAGCCGGAGGGCAAGAAGAACAUCCAGGGCCGCAUGGUGGUCUGGGUGUGUGGGAUCCGGAAGUCGGACGUGUCCCUGGACUACACGCUCCCCAGGAAGUCCAGCCUGUCCUCAGACAGCAACAAGACCUUCUGCAUGCUGGGCCACAGCCUGCUGUCCUCGGAGGAGUCGCUCCGGCAGGGGGUCCGCUGGAACCUGGGCACCGUGCUGCUCUUCAACGGUUCGAGGAUCGGCUCUGAAGAGGCCUUCUACCUGUACGCCAGCGGGCCCGACCUCACCUCCAUCAUGCCCUGCAAGUACGGCAAGCCCAGCGGGACCUUCUCCAAGUACGUGACACAGGAGGGCCUGAAGUGCGACCACGUCCGAGAGCUGCUGAUGAAGAGCAAGGACGUGGACACCUCGACACUCGUCGAGAGCCUGGCGGUGGUUUACACUCCCAGCAGUCCCCGGGUGUACACCAUCUACGAGCCGGUCAUCAGGCUGAAGGGCCAGGCCAAGACGGUCGUCACCCAGCGGCCCUUCAGCUCCAAGGAGGUGCAGAGCUCCACGCUGGAGGCCCCGGCGCUGCGAGCCCUGCUGCCCAUCGAGCCCCAGGGCCUGCAGAACGUACUGCACAAGAUCGGAGGCACGGCUACCUUUGUCUUCCUCUUCGCCCAGUCCGUAGAGCUGAGUGACUGCGAGCAGACCCAGGCCCUGGCGUUGCAGGUGCUGCUCUCGCUGGCCAAGUACAACCAGCACCGCAUCCACGAGAUGGACUGUUGCCACGGAUACUCCAUGAUCCACCAGGUCCUCAUCAAAGCCAAGUGCAUCGUUGGAUACCACAUGUUGAAAACCCUGCUGGAUGGCUGCUGCAGUGGGCCCGUCCUCACCCUGGGGGAGGACGGGCAGUUCCGUCUGGACCUCGAGUCCGCCGCCGUGGUGCAGGACAUUCAGCUGCUCUCGGAGGUCCUGCUGGACUGGAAGAUCUGGGCCAAGGCGGAGGCGGGCGUGUGGGAGACCCUGCUAGCCGCCCUGGAGAUCCUGAUCCGGGUGCACCACCCGCAGCAGGUCUUCAACAUCCGACAGUUCCUCAAGGCGCAGGUGGUGCACCGCUUCCUGCUCACCUGCCAGGUCCUACAGGAGAACCGGGACCAGUACCUCACCGCCAUCCCCCAGGAGGUGUGCCUCUCCUUCGUCAAGAUCAUCCAGGAGGUGCUGGGCUCCCCCCCCGACCUGGACCUGCUCAAGCUGGUCUACAACUUCCUGCUGGCCGUGCACCCGCCCACCAACACCUACGUGUGCCACACCCCCACCAGCUUCUACUUCUCCCUGCACAUCGACGGGAAGCUGUACCGGGAGAAGGUGCAGUCCAUCAUGUACCUGAGACACUCCCACAGCGGGGGGAAGUCGGCCAGCAGCUCUGUCUUCUCCCUCUCCCCCACCGUGUUCCCGGACCUCCACCCAGACGGCCAGCCGGCGGCCUCUUCCUCCGAGCCCUCCACAGACGACCACUUCCUGCGGCCCCCCAGUCUGACGCCGUCCCCCCACCCCUCCCCGGCCGCCAGUCCCCGGAGAGCCCCUAGCCCCGCCCCCCCCCCUGGAGAGGUUGGAGGCGAGGCCCCGCCCCCACAGGGGGCUCUGGGCAGCACGGAGACCCUGACGAGGGGCGGCGGCGGCGGCGGCGGCGGCGGCGGCGGCGGAGACGAGGCGCUCCUCAGCAGCUGCGACUCGGCCAAGACCAUCUGCGAGUCGCGGGAGUCCGGGGGGGACGGGCGCGCCGCCUCCCCCAACCCGCCCUCCCCCCGCCCGCCCUCCAUCAGCGUGGAGGACCCCGACGAGGAGCUGGAAAGCCUGGCGGAGGGCAGCGUGGGCGGCGCCGAGUCGGAGGACCGCUUCGACUCGCCAGGGGGCGAGGAGGCGCCACGGCGGCCCGACAGCCUGAAGGGCAUCCAGUCCUUCCAGCGGAGCCACAGCAACCUGGCCAGCCUGGGCCUGGCCUUCCCCGCCGCGGCCGCCGUCAACGGCUCGCUGGCCGUGGGCCGCUGGCCCGGCGGCGGCACCGUCGGGGCGGCCGCCGAGCGCGGCUCGCUGCCCGAGGACUGGGAGAGCUACACCUACUCCCCCGGGUACGAGAGGAUGCACAGCAAGUCGGAGGAGGACGACAGGUCCACCACGGAGGACUGCCUGGUGCUGGUCUGCUGCGGGCUCUACGACCUCCUGCGGGGGCUGCUCCUGCUGCUGCCCGACCUCAUGCUGGAGGAGGUGAUGGACAAGCUGAUCCAGCCCGAGGCGCUCAUCGUGCUGGUCAACCACCCCUCUCCCCUCAUCCAGCAGGGGGUCAUGAAGCUGCUGGACGCGUACUUCACCAGAGCCUCCAAGGAGCAGAAGGAGAAGUUCCUGAAGAACCACGGCUUCUCCCUGCUGGCCAACCAGCUGUACCUGCACCAGGGCAGCCAGGGCCUGCUGGAGUGCUUCCUGGAGAUGCUGUUCGGCCGGCCCGUGAGCCUGGAGGAGGGCCUGGACCUGGAGGACAUGGAGGGCAUCUCCCCCUUCAGGAAGCGCUGCAUCAUCCCCAUGCUGGGGCUGAUCGAGAACUCCCUGUACGAGAACGCCCUGCUGCACAACCUGCUGUGCAUGCUGCUGCAGCUGCUCAACGCCUGCCCCAAGCUGGCCGACAUCCUGCUGGACCACGGCCUCCUCUACGUGCUCUUCAACACGCUGUCCACCCUCAACGGCAUGGAGAGCGGGAUCCCCCUCAACGACUACAAACUGCUGGUGUGUGACAUCCAGCAGCUUCUGGUGGCCGUCACCAUCCACUCCUGCAGCUCCUCCGGCUCCCAGUACUUCCGCAUCAUCGAGGACCUCAUCAGCCUGCUGGGCUUCAUGCAGACCAGCAAGAUGCGCCGCACGCAGGAGAUGGCCGUGGCCCUCCAGUUCCGGGUGCUGCAGUCGGCGAUAGAGUUCAUCCGGACCACCGCCAACCAGGACCCCCAGAAGCUGAGCAACUCCAUGAACCUGCCCAGCUCCCCCCACCAGGCCAUCCACCCCAAGCGCAAGAGCAUCAGUGGCGGCCCAGGCCGGCGCCGCUUCUCCAUGGUGCAGCCGGACCUGCUGCUGAUCCGCAUGCGCUCGGUGGCGUCCGACGAGCUCAGCCAGAUGAUGCACCGGCGCAUGAGCCAGGAGAACCCGAUCCGCGCCAGCGAGACGGAGUUCGUCCAGCGGCUGCAGAGGCUAGUGGUGCUGGCCGUCAACCGGCUCAUCUACCACGACAUGAGCCAGGACUUCUACCAGCUGCUGAACUUCCCCGAGACCCCGGACCACCUGCUGUCCACGCCCGAGCCGGCCGACCCCGGGCACGACGAAGGCUGCUCCUCGUCUUCCUCUGUGCCGGCCUCCCCCGUCCCCUUCCCCCUCCCGCCCGCCAGCAAGAAGAGCUUCCAGAGAGACAUCCUGCGGCUGAUGAUGGAGGGGAUCAAACUCAGCCUGGGCAGUACGGGCCGCGGCGGGGCCCCCCACCAGCAGUGGCGCCGCAUCCUGUGGUCCAGCCGGGACACAUUCCGGGUCCAGAUCGGGCGCCUGCUGGUGCACACCCUCAGCCCCGCCCAGCCCCUCGCCGACCGCAAGGAGGCGCUGGACUUCGUGUUCGACCCGCGGCACGGGGACAUCCUGAGGGAGAGCCUCAGCCCGGGCCUGGAGCACGGGCCCAAGCUGGCUCUGUCGCUCCACGAGCUGCUCCACGACCACAAGGAAGGCCUGAGCCGCGAGGAGCAGAACGCGGCCGCCGUGUUCAUGACCUCCCUGAAGCUGUGCGGCCACCGCUGCAUCCCGCCCAGCGCGCCCCACAAACCAGACAUCCUCAAGGCCAUCAAGGAGGAGAAGUUGAAAUACGAGGCGGACGAGAAAACCAGCAGACUGGCGUGGGAGAAGAAAAUGACCAACACUCAGAAAAGUCUCAUCCAGAGGCUGGACGGCAAGUCCCGCGACAUCUCCAAGAUCGCGGCGGACAUCACCCAGAGCGUGUCGCUGCGGCAGGGCAUGGAGAGGAAGAAGGUGAUCCUGCACAUCCGCAGCCUCUACAAGACCAACCUCAGCGCCAGCCGCCGGUGGCAGGAGCUGGUGCAGCAGCACUCGCACGACCGGGCGGUGUGGUACGACCCGGCGUCCUACCCCACCUCCUGGCAGCUGGACCCCACCGAGGGCCCCAACCGCGAGCGGCGGCGGCUGCAGCGCUGCUACCUCACCAUCCCCAACAAGUACCUGCUGAAGGACCGGCGCAAGGCCGAGGACGCGGCCAAGCAGCCGCUGUCCUUCCUGUUUGAGGACAACACCCACUCGUCCUUCUCGUCCACCGUGAAGGACAAGGCCACCAGCGAACCCAUCAGGUUCACCAGGAGGUGCAUCAGCGUCGCUCCCUCCGUCGAGACGGCAGGCGAGCUGCUCCUGGGGAAGUCAGGGAUGUACUUUGUGGAGGACAACGCCACGGAUGCACACGACAGCCAGAGCCCUCAUUCUGAGCUGGAGGCCGCCUCCUUCUCCUGGACCUACGAGGAGAUCAAGGAGGUGCACAAGCGCUGGUGGCAGCUCCGGGACAACGCCGUGGAGAUCUUCCUCACCAACGGGCGCACCCUGCUGCUGGCCUUUGACACCACAAAGUUCCGCGACGACGUGUACCACAACAUCCUGACCUCUGACCUCCCCAACCUGCUGGAGCACGGCAACAUCAGCGCGCUGACCCAGCUGUGGGGCUCGGGGCAGAUCUCCAACUUCGAGUACCUGACGCACCUCAACAAGCACGCUGGGCGCUCCUUCAACGACCUCAUGCAGUACCCCGUGUUCCCCUUCAUCCUGCGCGACUACAUCAGCGAGACCCUGGACCUGCAGGAGCCCGGCAUCUACAGAAACCUCAACAAACCCAUCGCCGUGCAGUCCAAGGAGAAAGAGGACCGAUACGUUGACAACUACAAGUACCUUGAGGAGGAGUACAAGAAGGGGCUCCGUGAGGACGACCCCAUGCCCCCGGUGCAGCCCUACCACUACGGCUCCCACUACUCCAACAGCGGCACCGUGCUCCACUUCAUGGUGCGCAUGCCCCCCUUCACCAAGAUGUUCCUGGCCUACCAGGACCAGAGCUUUGAUAUCCCCGACCGCACCUUCCACUCCAUGAACACCACCUGGCGCCUGUCCUCCUUCGAGUCCAUGACCGACGUCAAGGAGCUCAUCCCCGAGUUCUUCUACCUGCCCGAGUUCCUGGUCAACCGAGAAGGGUUCGACUUCGGCGUGCGUCAGAACAGCGAGCGCGUGAACCACGUGAACCUGCCGCCCUGGGCGCGCAACGACCCGCGGCUCUUCGUGCUGAUCCACCGCCAGGCGCUGGAGUCGGACCAGGUGUCCCACACGCUGUGCCAGUGGAUCGACCUGGUGUUCGGCCUCAAGCAGAAGGGCCGUGCCGCCGUGCACGCCAUCAACGUCUUCCACCCCGCCACCUACUUCGGGAUGGACGUGUCUGCGGUGGAGGACCCGGUGCAGCGGCGGGCCCUGGAGACCAUGAUCAAGACGUACGGCCAGACCCCCCGGCAGCUGUUCAGCGGGACCCACGUGGGGCGGGCGGGGGGGCCCCGGCUCCUGAUGGACGGCGAGCUGCCCAACGCCGUGGGGCUGUUGGUGCAGCUCGCCUUCAGGGAGAACCGCGAGCAGGCCAAGGAGAUCGUCUACCCGAGCCCCCUCCCCUGGAUCAAGGGGCUGAAGUGGGGGGAGUACGUGGGGUCCCCCAGCGCCCCGGACCCGGUGGUGUGCUUCAGCCAGCCCCACGGCGAGAGGUUCGGCUCCCUGCUGGCGCUGCCCACGCGGGCCAUCUGCGGCCUGUCGCGCAAGUUCUGCCUCAUGAUGAUCUACAGCAAGGAGCAAGGCGUGAGGAGCAUGCACAGUACGGACAUCCAGUGGUCGGCCAUCCUGAGCUGGGGCUACGCUGACAACAUGCUGCGACUGAAGAGCAAGCAGAGCGAGCCGCCCAUCAACUUCAUCCAGAGCUCCCAGCUGCACCAGGUGACGAGCUGUGCCUGGGUGCCGGACGGCUGUCAGCUCUUCACAGGUAGCAAGUGUGGAGUCAUCACCGCCUACAGCAACCGCUUCACCAGCACAACGCCGUCGGAGAUGGAGGUGGAGAGCCAGGUGCACCUGUACGGCCACACGGGCGAGGUGACGGGCCUGUUCGUCUGCAAACCCUACAGCAUCCUCAUCAGCGUCUCCCAGGACGGCACCUGCAUCCUCUGGGACCUCAACAGGCUAUGCUACGUCCAGAGCCUCACGGGCCACAAGAGUCCGGUGACGGCCGUGUCCGGCAGCGAAACCACCGGGGACAUCGCCACGGUCUGCGACUCGGUGGGCGGUGGCAGCGACCUGCGCCUGUGGACGGUGAACGGCGACCUGAUUGGCCACGUCCACUGCCGGGAGAUCAUCUGCUCCGUGGCGUUCUCCAACCAGCCCGAGGGCGUGUCCGUCAACGUCAUCGCCGGCGGCCUGGAGAACGGCGUCGUCAGGUUGUGGAGCACGUGGGAUCUGAAGCCGGUGCGAGAGAUCACCUUCCCCAAGUCCAGCAAACCCAUCAUCAGCCUGACGUACUCCUGCGACGGCCACCACCUGUACACGGCCAACAGCGAGGGCACGGUGAUGGCCUGGUGCCGGCGGGACCAGCAGCGCAUGAAGCUGCCCAUGUUCUACUCCUUCCUCAGCAGCUACGCCGCGGGCUGAGCUCCCCUUGUCACCGCUGCAACUCUCCACCACCACCACCACCACCACCACUACUACG